UAUUCUGUUGGUUAUUAGUAUUAUGACGCAAAGGGACGGAAGAGUCGUGUUUUACUGGGAGAAAUUCAUCGAAUUUAUCUUUUACAUUCAAGUGUUAUCAUUAAAUUAUUGCGGACGCUCGUAGACGCUGGAGUAUUUAUCGCACGUGCUUAUGUGUUUAUCUUUUUACUGUUGAACUCUGUUAAUUAACAACAAUAUAAAAGUAGAUAGUGGUUUUAUGGAAAGAAUAAUGAUUCCAACAACGAUAAAAGCGUGUUUUCAGACUUUGUUCAUUGUUUUCUUAUCACAAAUUGCAAAUGGGCAAGAUCGAAAGAUAACAUAUAAAUUCAACCCGGGCUGCGAUGCAUGUGUUGACGAAAACAACACCCUAGUGUACACACGAGCACAAGGCUCCCACGAUACCGUCCACCAAAUAUGGGACUUCACAGCUGGAUCCCCCACAGUGAUCCUGUCCGUGGCCGGAGUCAAUUCUACACUGAACAUUACAUGGGAUGGCACUGUACCGUCCAGAUUCAAGUUUUCUGAGACCCCAAAGUAUAGUUUUGCAACCGUUAUUGAUAAGAUAUACGAAUACAACGACCUUCAAGACGCGGGGUACAUAGACGCGCGUAGCCCGCGCCGCGUGGUGCCGCUGCGACAUGUCUCGUGGCGGCUCGCCACCGACGUCCGGACGGAUGACGAGGUCAUGGUGCUCAUGAGAGGACACCUGAGGAGUGAGCACAGGCAUGGCACGAUUGAUGUUAAGCUAGACCUGAUCCCAUUCAAGGACUACGCGGUGGAACUCCCACAUCUGAUCCAUACAGCUAACUCCACGCUCGCCGAUAUUAGCCUCGUGAACCUGACGGCAUCGCGAGACUACAAUUCGUCACGGUUCGCGCUGCGAGUGUUACUGGCCAGUGUGGAUGACAGUAACGAUACGAUGCGCUAUGCUAUGCGCAAGAGUCUGGAUGACGAACACACACCUGGGGUCUUUGAGGUAAUUUACUAGAUUCGGACAAUUUCC